AUGGGGUGUUAUUGCAUAACUGAUCAAAAGGUAAAUGGGAAUGGGAAUUUCGAAAGGCUUCAAGCAACAGGGCCCAAAUUCGAGUUAAAUCAAACUUGGGCUUUCCAUACGGACGACUCCAGUUCUUGUUCAUCUUUACAAACGGAUCACCCGGCGUACAAUAGUGUUCCCGCCUACUACAAAAAGAUGAGCAAAGGCACGAAGGCACAGUAUUGGCUGCCAGGUUUAAUUGGAGCGACAGGCCGGAGCUACAGCAAAGAUCGUACUUACGGCUGUGGAAUCCCCAUUGUGGAUUACACAUCAAAACCUAUAAACAGGAGGUACGGGUUUUGA